AUGGAUUCCCAGAGGGACAGCGACGAAGAGGAUGGCACUGAAAAAACUCUUCAGUCUCAUGAAACGUAUUUAUGUCAAGGCUUGAAACAGCUAUACCAGGCCCAACAACUCUGUGAUGUCACCUUGCAGGUUGAAGGAAAGAGCUUUCCUUGUCAUCAGAUGCUGUUAGCUUCUGUCAGUCCUUAUUUCAGAGAUAUCUUCAUCCAUUCCAAUGGGCUGCCUAAAGAGUUCCAGCUUGAAGGCAUGGCUUCCUCCACUCUUCACAACCUCCUGAAUUACCUCUACACAGAAGAGCUCUUCCUCACGCAACAGACUGCCCAGGAUCUGUUCUCAGCAGCUGGCAAACUCCAGAUCCUUCCCCUGAAAGAAAUAGCUGGAAGGUUUCUUGAGAAAGACGUCACCAUGAAGAACUGCCUCAGUCUUUAUUGCCUGGCUCAGGAACACGGUCACCAAUCUCUGCUCCAAGCCACCUCAGACUACAUCUACCAACACUUUGGGCUCCUCUCUAAGAAAGAUGUCUUCCUCAGCUUAGAAUACAAUGCACUGCUCAGCCUUGUCUGCUCUGACAACCUGGAAGUGGCCUCCGAGUUGACUGUCUACCAAGCCAUUCGCAGCUGGGUGGAGUUUGCAGCCUCUACACGCCUCCCACUAUUUAAGGAGCUGCUGGGACAUGUCCGCUUCCCCCUGCUCACUCCAGCAGAGGUCACGGAAGUCCAAGCAGAUGUCUCAGAAUAUUACAAGCACGUGCAUCUGAGGUGGAAGGAGUUGGAUGGAGCUGGGAGGCUUCAAGAGAGCAGGGGUCUCAGGAAGGGCAUGUACGAUGACUGUUUUGUCUGUGUGGAACUCCAUGAAAACUGGAUCCAUAAUGGAGAUAGCCUGGUCUCAUACCUUCACUCUUUUGACCCACAGACAGAGAAGUGGGAGAAGUUGCCACCAUUGCAAUAUCUAAGUUAUUGUGGAUGUGCCUCCUUGGACUGUAAACUGUACCUGUCGGGAGGCCAGAGAGGGGAAUGCACUUUCGUGGAUAGCCUGUACGAGUAUAGUUCUUUGACUGGCCAGUGGACUCAGCUUCCACAGAUGUCCACACCCCGGGCAGUGCAUCCCUUUCUAGCUUGUAACAAGAAGCUCUACGCUCUAGGAGGCUGCAAUGAUAAGGGCCCGAUUACUUCCGCCGAGGCCUUCAGUGUGAACCAGAGCACAUGGUCUCCCAUCUCUAACCUGCCCCUCGCUUUGAUGUACCCUGCUUCCACUGUCCUCAAGAAUAAGCUUUACCUCAUAGGAGGCAAAUCUUCCAGGAGCUUUCGGGGCCUUCUUAUCUAUGACACACAGACUGAUCGGUGGAAUGAGGUUCUCAUUGAGUUUGCAUGCUACGGAGCGGCUGCCGUUUCCGUCGAAACAGGGAUAUUUGUUAUUGGUGGGUACACAGAAGAAAGGGGCAGUUUCCUGGCUCAUGGUGCGGCGGCUGCUGAGGAGAUCCCUUUCAUCACCAAAGGGGGCUUUUAUCUCCAUGAAGAUGGCAGAGUUAACUGGGAAGUCACCAUCCCAGAGCUGCCAGUAGCCUUGACUUUCGCUUGUGCCGUAGAGCAGCAAGAAAAGGUUUACCUGUUCGCUGGCAAAGACGAUAAUCAUCCAAGUAACGCUUGUUACAGCUGGCUGCCACAGGACACCAGCUGGACUCAAUGCCCAGAAGAAAUCCCCACUACCAACGAGGGGAGGAUUUUCAGCUGCACAGUCCUGAAGAGGCCCCAAAAGCCAAUCCGGGUCCUUCUGCGUGAGACGUCAGCAGCCUCAACAGUCGUUGGGGUGGAUGAUACCAAAAAAGUCCAGUCGGGUUCCUCCGCUAGGGAGGGCUGCAGCUUUAACUGCUGCUGGGGUGGACAAUGAUUCUAAAGGGUCCGUCUGAC